ACCAGAUAGCCUGAUAUGAUUGGCGCAAUUUUUCUUAGCACUGAUAAAAUUUAGGAAAAUUGUUACAAGAUCAAUUCUUACAAACCCCCGACGGCCCACCCCCGUCCCAAGCCCCAAUUUCUCUGUGUUUUCCAACUGAAUAAACACUAGGAAAUCUGCCCUAAAGCUUUUGUUUAUGCCCAAGAGAACAUUGUUCUGCUAGAAUCAACACAAAAUUCUGAUUAUUCAACCACAUGGAAACCUUAGCACUGUUCUUCUUGUUCUUCUUCUUUUCCUUUAAACAACUAGUUCUUUGUGCUGAUGUUUGCAGUCCUGCAUCUUGUGAUGGUGUUGGGCCGAGAAUCCGGUUCCCGUUCCGGCUGAUAGGCCGGCAACCGGAGCAUUGUGGCUAUCCGGGCUUCCACCUUUUUUGCAACAACCAAAGCCAAACAAUUCUUAGCCUUCCACUGUCCGGUGAAUUUGUAGUAGACUACAUAGAUUACACUCGUCAGGCCAUUUUUAUCAAUGAUCCUGAUCUUUGUGAUUCAAAAAGAAUCCUGAAUUUCAGUCUUUCGAGAACUCCUUUCGAGGGUACCUAUACGAGGAAAUUCACUUUCCUUAACUGCUCCUCCAAAGCGACAGAAUACAUGUCGUAUAAUCUUAUUCCAUUGUUUUGCCUUAGUAGGGAAAACUACAGUGUUAUGGCUAUGCCUUCUUAUUCAUCAGCUCAAGAGAUUCCACCAUCCUGUCGCAUAAUUUCAAAUGUUUCAGUUCCAAUACAGCGCUACGCUCCUCAAUACUGGUCAUCAGGACAACUCAGGGAGGAUUUUCAGUUGACAUGGAAUGAACCUCGAUGCAGAUCUUGUGAAGCUGAUGGUGGGAUUUGUGGGUUCGAAGGCAAUACAUUUCUUGAAGUCGGUUGCUCAAGACCUGCUAAUGAUGGUCUUCCCAGAAGUGCCAAAUAUGGGAUUAUCGUUGGCAUUGGAGUACCGGGACUCUUGUGCUUAAUCGGACUUGCCUGUUUCGCAUUUGGUAGGGUCAGGGUUUUGAGUAACCGUAGUCGUUUAAACAUUAAUGAGCUCCCUACCAUUACCAUCUCUCAGCAGCCGGUGGUCAGAGCUGCUGGCCUCGAUGAGCCAACCAUUGCAUCUUACCCGAUGACGGUGCUUGGGGAGAGCCGGAGGUUCCCGAAGUCUAGUGACGGCACUUGUCCGAUAUGCCUAUCCGACUACGAGCCCAAGGAGACAUUAAGGUCCAUUCCAGAGUGCAACCACUAUUUUCAUGCCAAGUGCAUAGAUGAAUGGCUUAAACUCAAUGGGACAUGCCCUUUAUGCCGCAAUUCACCGGACAGUUCAGUUGGGACGCCUUGCUCGUCGAUGUCUUCCUCGUAUUCAUUGUCGUCCUCAGAACAUCAUUAGUCCAGCAAUUUUUGUUAGCGUUAUACUUACAUUGAUAUUCGCAUAUAAUAAAAUUAAUCGAGUUAUAGUGCCAUUUUUGCUAUGUCGUCAA